AUGGCGGCGGCCAGGAAGAUCAAAACUUUGCUGACGGUGAACAUCCUGGUGUUCGUGGGCAUCGUCCUCUUCUCCGCGUACUGCCGCCUGCAGGGCCGCGCCGAGGGGCUGGGGCCGGACCGCCGGGCGCGCAGCCGGCUGGCCGGGGCGGGCGCGCGGGGGGACCCGGGGGACCGCGAGGCCAUCCUGCAGCGCCUGGACCACCUGGAGGAGGUGGUGUACCACCAGCUGAACGGCCUCGCCAAGCCCAUGGGUCUGGUGGAGGGCCCGGGGGGCCUGGGCCAGGGCGGUGCGGCGGCCACGCUGCGGGACGACAGCCAGGAGGCGGCUGGCAACUACGAGGAGUUCGGCUACAACGCGCAGCUGAGCGACCGCAUCUCCCUGGACAGGACCAUCCCCGACUACAGGCCCAAAAAGUGCAGGCAGAUGAGCUACGCGGACGACCUGCCCCAGCUCUCGGUGGUAUUCAUCUUCGUCAACGAGGCGCUGUCCGUCCUCCUGCGCUCGGUGCACAGCGUGGUCAACCACACGCCCUCCCCGCUGCUCAAGGAGGUCAUCCUGGUGGACGACAACAGCGACAACGUGGAGCUCAAGUUCAGCCUGGACCAGUACGUCCACAAGAGGUACCCGGGGCUGGUGAAGGUCGUCCGUAACAGCCGGCGCGAGGGCCUGAUCCGGGCGCGGCUGCAGGGCUGGAAGGCGGCCACGGCGCCCGUCGUCGGCUUCUUCGACGCCCACGUGGAGUUCAGCACCGGCUGGGCCGAGCCCGCCCUGACGCGGAUCCGGGAGGACCGCCGGCGCAUCGUGCUGCCCGCCAUCGACAACAUCAAGUUCGACACGUUCGAGGUGCAGCAGUACGCCAGCGCCGCCCACGGCUACAACUGGGGGCUGUGGUGCAUGUACAUCAUCCCGCCCCAGGACUGGCUGGACCGCGGGGACGAGGCCGCGCCCAUCCGGACCCCCGCCAUGAUCGGCUGCUCCUUCGUGGUGGACCGGGAGUAUUUCGGGGACAUCGGCCUGCUGGACCCAGGCAUGGAGGUGUACGGCGGCGAAAACAUCGAGCUGGGCAUGAGGGUGUGGCAGUGCGGAGGCAGCAUGGAGGUGCUGCCCUGCUCGCGGGUGGCGCACAUCGAGCGCACCCGGAAGCCCUACAACAACGACAUCGAUUACUACGCCAAGCGCAACGCCCUGCGGGCGGCCGAGGUGUGGAUGGACGGCUUCAAGUCCCACGUGUACAUGGCCUGGAACAUCCCCAUGACCAACCCGGGGGUGGACUUCGGGGACGUGUCGGAGCGGCUGGCCCUGCGCCAGAGGCUGAAAUGCCGGAGCUUCAAGUGGUACCUGGAGAACGUGUACCCCGAGAUGAGGACCUACAACAACACCCUCACGUACGGAGAGGUGAGAAACAGCAAAGCCAGCGGCUACUGCUUGGACCAGGGAGCGGAGGACGAUGACCGAGCCAUCCUCUACCCCUGCCACGGGAUGUCGUCCCAGCUCGUGCGCUACAGCACGGAGGGCCUGCUGCAGCUGGGCCCCCUGGGCUCCACCGCCUUCCUGCCCGACUCCAAGUGCCUGGUGGACGACGGCAGGGCCCGCGCGCCUGCCCUGAGGAAGUGCGAGGACGUGGUCCGCCCAGCACAGCGGCUGUGGGACUUCACCCAGGGCGGCCCCAUCGUGAGCCGGGACACGGGCCGGUGCCUGGAGGUGGAGAUGUCCAAGGACGCCAACUUCGGGCUGCGGCUGGUGCUGCAGCGGUGCUCGGGGCAGAAGUGGGCGAUCCGCAACUGGGUCAAGCACGGCCGGCACUGA